AUGACGACUGUGACUCGAAGCGAAAUAGCUUGCGCAGAUAUUGGUUCAACUCGCUCUUAUUUGAAAAAAACAAGUGUUCCCACUCAGAAUCUUCCUUUAGGAUCAUCUAAAGAAUGUGCUUGUCCUUCAACAGAUUCUCGAGAAGAAAGGAUACGUAGGCGAUCAAUUAAAAAAAAGUUAUUGACAAUUAAUGACAUUGAAGAGUUAAAUCUUAAUGAGAAACAAGACGAUGAACAGGAGGAAGGAGACAAACAAGAGGAUGAACAGGAGAAAGGAAAAAAACAAGGCGAUGAACAAGAAGAAGAAGAAAAAGAUGACGAUAGAAACGAGAAGGAAGUUAGCAAUAACUUAAAUCACAAUGAAACUCAUUCAAUAUCAAUUUCAACUGAGGAAAAUGCAGUAAUGUUAUUCAAAAGUAUCGGGAUACAAGUUCAAAGUGACUUGAUGAUUCAAAAAUUCUCCUCUUUAAUUACAUCAAAAGAAGAGUUAAGUACACUGACUGGAAUUCCCACUUUUGAAGUAUUAAAUUUACUUGAGGAAUUAGUAGCAACCGUACGACCAAAGCAUAAAACAUCUUCAAGAUUUGAAUUGCGAGAAAUGAUUUUGAUGACUUUUAUGAAACUAAAGCAAAAUUUAUCUUACGCUGUAUUAGCAAUUUUAUUUAAAUGCUCUAAUGAUACCUGUAAAGAUAUUAUUUUCGAUAUGAUAGACAAUUUAAAUCUGUGUUUGAAACUUGCUAUCUAUUGGCCAACAAAAGACAAUAUUUUAAAAAAUAUGCCGGAAUGUUUUAAAGGCUUCGAAAAUGUUCGCGUCGUAGUUGACUGUACAGAGAUUCGCAUACAGAGACCUUCAAAAUUAUGUUGUCAAUUACAAACUUACUCAUAUUAUAAAAGUACGUACACUGUAAAGUUUAUGACUGGCGUGACACCAGCUGGAUUAAUUUCUUUUGUUAGCAAACCUUACGGUGGACGCGUUUCGGAUAAUAUGAUUUUCGAGCAAAGUAAUUUAUUAAAAAAAAUGGACAAAAAUGAUUCAUUAUUAGCAGACAGAGGAUUCACUGUUGAAAAUCAGUGUAAAGAACAUGACGUGACUUUUAUAUCACCCUUAUUUCUUGGAGAUAAAGCUCAAUUUUCCAAGACUGAAGCAUUAUUGAACCAUAAUGUUGCAAAAGCUCGCGUUCAUAUAGAACGCAGUAAUCAAAGAUUAAAAUGUUUCAAUAUUUUAAGUCACACAAUGCCAAUGUGUCUUCUCAGUAAAGUUGAAGAAAUUUUUAAUGUCAUCUGUGGUCUACUCAGAACGUCAUAA